GGAAAUGCCAGGCCAGCGGCAGGGGUCGUCGUCGACCUCCGUCCACCCGGCCAGGGAGGAUUCGGGGUCUUCGGACACGGCCGCCUUGAAGGCGAGGAGGGAGAGGCCGUCCGGCGACAAUGCAGCUAUGUGAAUGGUGCAAAAGAUGAUAGUAAGCAGGUACGCUCUUAUUCUCUUCAUCUCGCAGUAGCACUUACCCGUCGAUGCUAAUGGUAAUGGUGAUGGUGAUGCAGUAGAAGUUGAGUCGUAUAUAAGAAUACUGAGUGCAGGCAUUUUGGAAUGGAAGGUGAGUGGUAGGUGUCGGCGUGGUUUUCAGCGCCAGUGGGAUUUUAUUGCUGGGGCCAGAAGAGGAGACGAAGGUGAGAGCGUGGGAAUUUUGGAAGGGGGAUCCAACUCAGAACUCAACCGUUUCCAACUCUCUCCACGUCAGCCGUCACUCGGUUCAAUUUGAGUUUAUUUUGCCCCUUCGCCACACCAGAAAGAACGAGGAAGAAGAAGAAGCAGCAGCAAUGGCGGCCUGCUCCUACCACCAGCACCUCGAAACCCUACCUACGUGGAUCCUCCUCCUCGCCGGCGUCGGCCUCCUCGCGCUUCUCAGGAUUUCAAUCCUCCUCCUCCGUUGGGCCUUCGUUACCUUCCUUCGGCCCGCCAAAGACCUCCGCGGCUACGGCUCCUGGGCCCUCGUCACCGGCUCCACCGACGGCAUCGGCAAGGCGUUCGCUUUCCAGCUCGCCCGGGAGGGCCUCAACGUCCUCCUCGUCGGCCGUAGCCCCGAGAAGCUCCGCGACGUCUCCGACGCCGUCCGCGCCGCGAGUCCGGACGUCCGCGUCGACACCGUCGUCGUUGACCUCGCCGGAGAGCUCCACGACGGCCUCGCUCGACUCCGGAAGGCCGUUCGGGGCCUCGACGUCGGGAUACUAGUCAACAACGCCGGCGUUUCCUACCCCUACGCCAGGUUCUUCCACGAGGUGGAUGAGGAGCUGCUGAGGGACCUGAUUAAGGUGAACGUGGAGGGGCUGACCCAGAUCACGCAGGCCGUGCUGCCGGGGAUGCUCGAAAGGAAGAAGGGCGCCAUAAUCAACAUCGGUUCUGGCUCCGCCGUCGUCAUCCCAUCUGAUCCACUAUACGCUGUUUACGCUGCAACGAAAGCGUACAUUGAUCAAUUCUCAAGAUGCUUGUACGUUGAAUAUAAAGGCAAGGGGAUAGAUGUGCAAUGUCAGGUGCCCUUGUAUGUGGCUACAAAGAUGGCAUCCAUCAGGAGAUCUUCCUUGCUUGUUCCAUCGGCAGACACUUAUGCUCGUGCAGCUUUACGAUGGAUAGGCCACGAGCCAAGAUGCACACCCUACUGGCCUCACUCACUCAUAUGGUGUCUGCUUUCACUGAUACCGGAGUCCCUGAUCGACCAAUGGCGCUUGGGCUUCUGCAUGAAGAUUCGUAAGAAGGGGCAGCUCAAGGAUGCUAAUAAGAAAGAUCAGUAGGAGAAUGUUAGUGAACUUUUAUGUGGUACUUCGUUUCACUAUUGUUUCACCUUCAUUUGAGGUUGCCUACUUCAUAUUGAAAUUUCUAUUUGUAAGUUAUACAAAGACACCGGAAACUCCUUGGGCAACUAUUCGAUUGAUAUCCUUCAAACCAAUUAUUAUUUUAAUUUUUAAUGUUAUUUUUUAUUAA